CUGGAAUCGAAUCCACUUGGGACGCCAGUCAUUCUGUGUUCUGUGUUGUUCAACGCCUUCAUACCCAAAAGUGAAGCACAUGAGGACCAGACCGGGGCCUCAAAUGGGGACAAGUGGAAGACAUGGAUCAGAGGGGGGAGGGGGUGACGCCCAACCAGUGGACGCCAUUUUUGUCGUUAUCAAUUCAUUCUUUUGUUUUUUCCCUCUCUUUUCUCUCUUCAUUUCCCUCCCUAUCGACAUACCUAGGACUCUGUUUUGCUCUUCCAUUUCUUUUGUUCCUAGACAUCCUUGGACUAGUUACCGGGUUCACCGUCCUUUGCCUGCCAACCCUUGCGAGUCCCGAGUCAACGAUCCGUGGUCCUCGUGCUUUUUCCCGACCUUCUUUUUCUCCAUCUAUCCUGACAAGUCUGCCGCCGCUCACUAAGUCAAUUAGGGGUCGACAUUUCAGCAGCAUGGUGGAGGUGGUGUUGACCAAGACACCGUCCUCCUCCUCAUCCUCCUCCCCUUCAUCCGCCUCCGACGACAACACAACGAGUCCAGUAUCUGCCCUUCCGCGUCCCUAAGGUACACACUAUAGGCAUGGGAAUGGGAAUGGUAGACGCCGCGACCCCGACCGCCGAAGAAGUAGCCACCGCCGCUGCUGCUGAGCAUACUGAGCCCGUAGCUGAGCUCGUGCCGCAAAAUCCGACAACACCCCAAGCCGCCAUGAUGGAUUCCAACGGCGAUAACUCCGCCCAGGGGGCACAGCCGUCGGCUAUGCGGUGCUGCUGUGGAAGGGAGGACUGCGUCUAUCUUAGGCACAACUGUACUCGCCUCAAGAGUGUCGAGCGCGAUGUCCAUACGGCCGCCAAAAUGGGCCAGGUGAGUAAUCAAUGA